AUGGACAAUUCCUUUGUCAAAUCACCAAAGGAGGUCUGCGAUCACUUUCAGGUUGACCCUGCAGUGGGCUUGGAUAACGACAAGGUCACAACACAACGCCAAAAGUAUGGCAAAAAUGAACUACCUGAAGAAGAAGCGACACCUCUAUGGAAGCUCGUCUUGGAGCAGUUUCAAGACCAACUCGUUCUGAUCUUACUGGCAGCUGCCAUCAUCUCAUUCGUGCUUGCUUUAUUUGAAGAACAUGAAGGACCGGAGGCAUCUACAGCAUUCGUUGAACCUAUUGUCAUCUUGCUUAUUCUUAUUGCCAAUGCCACUGUUGGUGUGCUUCAAGAGUCCAGCGCCGAGAAGGCUAUUGACGCCCUACGUGAAUACUCGCCUGACGAGGCCAAAGUGAUUCGACUUGGACAGCUGAGCAGGAUUCGUGCUGAGGAAUUGGUACCGGGUGAUAUUAUCAAUGUGUCUGUUGGUGAUAAGAUCCCUGCCGAUGCACGUUUAUUGGAGAUUUAUUCGAGUGUCUUUCGUGUGGAUCAAGCUGUGCUCACUGGUGAAUCCGUCAGCGUCACUAAGCAAAUUGAAUCGAUUUCGGAUGAAGGUGCUGUCAAGCAGGAUCAACACAACAUGCUCUUUUCUGGAACAACCUGUGUAUUGGGCAAGGCACGUGCUAUCGUCGUGAAUACUGGAUCAUCGACAGCUAUUGGUGACAUUCAUACUUCAAUCACGUCUCAAAUCUCGGAGAAAACCCCUCUCAAGCGCAAGUUGGAUGAAUUUGGUGACAUGCUCGCAAAGGUCAUCACCGUCAUUUGUGUCCUCGUUUGGCUCGUCAAUAUUCGUCACUUCAAUGAUCCUUCGCAUAAUGGAUGGAUUCAAGGUGCUGUGUAUUAUUUCAAGAUCGCCGUUGCACUUGCUGUCGCUGCUAUCCCCGAAGGUCUUGCCGCUGUCAUCACUGCUUGCCUCGCCCUUGGUACCAAAAAGAUGGCGAAAUGUGGCGCAAUCGUACGUAGCUUGCCAAGUGUCGAAACCCUUGGUUGCACUAGCGUCAUUUGCUCUGAUAAAACCGGCACCUUGACAACCAACCAAAUGAGUGUUUCCAGAUUUGUAUCUGUGGGAUCAGAGGCUGGUCGUUUGGAUGAAUUACAUAUUGAGGGUACAAGCUAUGAGCCCGUGGGUGAUGUUAAGACCGUUGAAGGCACCGUUACAACUCAUUUGCCUACUGGCAAUGCAUUGAUCCGUGAAGCUGCUUUGGUGUGUUCCUUGUGUAACGAUUCUCGCAUUACAUACGACGAGUCUGCCGAUACUUACCAAUGCAUUGGCGAACCUACUGAAGCUGCUCUUCAAGUCCUUGUUGAGAAACUCGGCACAGAUGAUAUCAACGUGAAUGGUCGCUUGCAAUCACUCACCAAAAAGGAACGUGCAACGGCUUGCAAUGAUCACUUUGCAUCUCUCUUCAACCGUGUGGCUACUCUUGAGUUCACUCGUGAUCGCAAAUCCAUGUCCGUUCUUGUUGCUUCUGGAUCUCAACAUAGUCUCUUGGUGAAGGGUGCUCCCGAAUCGAUUCUCGAUCGCUCCUCUUAUGUACGCAUCAAUGACUCCGACGCCCCUGUUAGCUUGACACCUGCUAUCCGUGACGAAUUGAACAAAAAGAUCCUCGAAUAUGGCAAGGGACUUUCGCUUCGUUGCAUUGGUUUGGCAAAGAUCGAUAACGUGAACCCCGCAUCUUUUGAUUUACGUGAACAAUCGGCAUUCAGCAAGUAUGAGACCGGUAUGACAUUCCUUGGUUUGGUUGGCAUGUUGGAUCCUCCACGCCCUGAAGUGCGUGCAUCCAUUGAAAAGUGCAAGACUGCUGGUAUUCGUGUGAUCAUUAUCACUGGUGACAACAAGGACACUGCUGAAGCUAUUGGCCGUAACAUUGGCGUAUUUGAUGCUGAUGAGGAUUUGACUGGCAAGAGCUAUACGGGUCGUGAAUUCGAUAACUUGUCUCAUGCUCAAAAGAUUGAAGCUGUCAAGCAUGCCAAUCUUUUCUCUCGUACCGAACCUGCCCACAAGCAAGAACUUGUCGACCUUUUGCAAUCGAUUGGCGAGAUCGUAGCAAUGACUGGUGAUGGCGUUAAUGAUGCUCCUGCCCUUAAGCGUGCUGAUAUUGGUGUUGCCAUGGGUAGUGGUACUGAUGUUGCCAAAUUGGCUGCUGACAUGGUUCUUGCCGACAACAACUUUGCUACCAUUGAAAAGGCUGUUGAAGAAGGUCGUUCCAUUUACAACAACACCAAGCAAUUUAUUCGUUAUUUGAUCUCAUCCAACAUUGGUGAAGUCGUUUCCAUCUUUUUGACUGUUCUUCUUGGUCUUCCAGAAGCAUUGAUUCCUGUACAGCUCCUUUGGGUCAACCUUGUCACCGAUGGCUUGCCCGCAACUGCUCUUGGUUUCAAUCCACCCGAUCAUGAUAUUAUGCGUCGUCCUCCUCGUAGUGGCAAUGAGUCCUUGGUUGAUGGCUGGCUCUUCUUCCGUUACAUGGCUAUUGGUGUCUACGUUGGUGUUGCAACUGUAUUUGGCUAUGCUUGGUGGUUCAUGUUUUAUGCUGAUGGCCCACAAAUCAGCUACUAUCAAUUGUCUCAUUUCCAUCAAUGCUCGGAGCUCUUCCCUGAAAUCGGCUGUGAGAUGUUCACCAACUCUUUCUCGAUGAAGGCUACAACCAUGAGUUUAUCGAUCCUUGUGGUGAUUGAGAUGCUCAACGCUAUGAACAGCUUGAGCGAGAACGAAUCCUUGUUGACAUUGCCUCUUUGGAGCAACCCCUAUUUGGUGCUUUCCAUCGUGCUUUCCAUGGCAUUGCACUUUAUGAUCCUUUACGUUCCAUUCUUUACUCAACUUUUUGCUAUCGUGCCUUUGAACCUUGAUGAGUGGAAGGCUGUCAUGUGGAUUUCACUUCCUGUCAUCUUUUUGGAUGAAAGCCUCAAGUUUAUCACCCGUACUUGGAUCGCUCCUCCUACCAAGGUCGCCACCACCACCUCCAAAGCACACAAACACAAGAAGACUGCUUAA